AUGACGAGAAAGAAGGUAACCCUCGCCUACGUUAAGAAUGAUUCUGAGAGAAAAACGUCAUACAAGAAGCGAAAGAAGGGCCUGAUAAAGAAGGUGAGCGAGCUGAGCACCCUCUCUGGUGUGUCAACCUGCGUCAUCAUCUACAGCCCUUACGACCCCGUGCCGGUGCCAUCACCGUUUAGGGCACAGUCCGUCCUCGCCCGCUUCCGCAAGCUCUCUAACAUGGACCAAAGCAAGAAAAUGGUGAACGAGGAGAGCUUCAUUCGGCAGCAGAUUGAUACGCUCGGAUUUUGUAUGGAGGAUCCAUAUGGCUAUGAGCAGCAAGGGGAAUUUAGGAUCAACCCCGCUCUAAUUGGGAAGAAUCUGCUGAAAAUCUGCAUCGCAGAAGUUUUCGAACAUAGGAAUGUGACGAACCAGCGGUUGAAAAAUCUAGAAAGAAAUACAAGCACCUUGGAAAGAGGGUUGGCAACCCUUGUUACUCAAGUCGAGAUGCUGGAAUUUAACCUUGGGAUCCUAGCCACGAUCAUAGGAAGCAGGAACACUCCAGGUACGCUUCCUAGCUUGCCAGAAGUAAACCCGAAAGGAAAGUGCCACGCCGUUCAGCUGCGUAGCGGGACUACAUAUCAACCUCCGGAGGCAGGAGACCUAGAGGGGAAGAAGGGAGGCGGAGAAGUCGCCUGA